GAUGGGGACAGGAACUUUGCCAAGUGUGUAAAAAUAUGUACAGUUUACAGCAGGGUCGCCCUUUCUCCCUGGUCUAUCUUCCUUUUCAGUGUUUCACUGCCUGGGAGUUGAGUUAGAAGUCAUGUGAGCCUGACAGCUUGUAAGCUGCAGUGGAGACAGAGCUAAAAGAGAGUGUGUGCCCAUUAGUCCAGAGCGCUGUUGGCUGGAGAGGCUGGCAGAGAACUGGCGGCGUCAACAGGAGUCGGAGCCAGGCGAACGACAGGGGGGAAAGGGAGAGUCGGCAGCGGUUGCUGCAGCUGUAGCUGCAGCCGCUAACUCACACCAAUAACAACAAAAACCCAUUGCUUUGCUCCACUGGGGCUUCACCUCGUGGCGCAGAUGUGCCAGCACAUCCAGCACUGAGGCUGUCCGGCCAGCGAGUACCUGGGAGAUCUAAAAGAGCUCGCCUGGACUUUGAAGAGGCACUGUCCAGGGGCGAUCCUGCAAAGGGACAGAGGCUUACGUAUCUUCUGGCUUCCAGCCUCCUUGUCCCCUUCAUUCUGCUCCAGCCUGCCUCUCAAUGGAGUCCCCCGUGCAGAUCUUCCGCGGGGAUCUGGGCCCGACCUGCCCCCCAGGCUCCUGCCUGCUGCCCAAUAGCAGCAACUGGUUUCCAGGAUGGGCCGACCAGGAUAGCAACGAGAGUGACAGCUAUGAGGACCAGCAGCUGAACCACACGCACAUCUCCCCUGCCAUCCCCAUCAUCAUCACAGCGGUCUACUCCGUGGUGUUUGUGGUGGGCUUGGUGGGCAACUCAUUGGUCAUGUUUGUGAUCAUCAGAUAUACAAAGAUGAAGACAGCGACCAACAUUUACAUAUUUAAUUUGGCCAUGGCAGAUGCAUUGGUGACUACCACUAUGCCUUUUCAAAGCACCGAAUAUCUAAUGAAUUCAUGGCCCUUUGGAGAUGUGCUCUGUAAAAUAGUGAUUUCUAUUGACUAUUAUAAUAUGUUCACCAGCAUAUUCACACUGACCAUGAUGAGUGUCGACCGUUACAUUGCUGUGUGUCACCCUGUCAAGGCUUUGGACUUCCGUACUCCCUUGAAGGCAAAGAUGAUCAACAUAUGUAUCUGGUUAUUAUCAUCCUCUGUUGGUAUUUCUGCUAUAGUCCUAGGGGGCACCAAGGUCAGAGAAGAUAUAGAUACCAUCGAAUGUUCUUUGCAGUUCCCAGAUGAUGAUUAUUCCUGGUGGGAUCUCUUCAUGAAAAUCUGUGUCUUUGUUUUUGCAUUUGUGAUCCCGGUUCUCAUUAUCAUUGUUUGCUACACUUUGAUGAUCUUACGCUUAAAAAGUGUAAGGCUUCUUUCAGGCUCUCGAGAGAAAGAUCGCAACCUCCGCAGAAUCACCAGGCUUGUUCUCGUGGUGGUGGCAGUCUUUAUUAUCUGUUGGACCCCCAUUCAUAUAUUUGUACUGGUUGAAGCCCUGGGGAGUACCUCCCAUAGCACAGCAGCCCUUUCUAGCUAUUAUUUCUGCAUUGCUUUAGGGUACACCAAUAGCAGUUUAAACCCCAUUCUAUAUGCUUUCUUGGAUGAAAAUUUCAAGAGGUGUUUCAGGGACUUUUGUUUCCCAUUUAAGUCCAGGAUGGAGCGACAGGGCACUAGCAGAGUCCAAAACACAGUUCAGGACACUCCCUACAUGAGGGAGGUUGAUGGGACAAAUAAACCUGUAUGACUAGUCGUGGAAAUGUCGUCAUAUAGUUCCCCGGGAAGAGAGGAGUUCAAUGAUCUAGGAUUAACUCAGAUUACCACAGCAGUCUGAUCCUGGAAACAGAAUUUUAUUUUUUGAAAGACUUUUAGAAGUUCUUAUGUUGUGGAGUCAUGUCAAGGGCAAGAUGCUAUGGCAGUCAAGCUCCGUUGACACCAAAGUUUAAGUCAGGGUUUGAAGAGAAAAAAAAAAAUCUAAAUUAGCAGGAAGGUGACCUCUUUAUAUCUAUGAGGUCAAACUAUCUGACAAUUGUUUGGGAAAAGAAAAUCAGAUUUCCAUCUUCUAAGGUUUAGACUAAGCUCCUCACCAUUUGCUGUAGCCUUACAGGCAGAGAUAUUGUUCCUAUAAUUGUGCUUUUUUAAAAAAAGCAUUUGCUUCAGACCGAGACUGAAUAGUGUAAAUCCAGAUUUUUGCACAGUGGUAGCUUCAAAAAUGAUGGCCACUGUGAAAUUGCUCACCCUAUUUACCUUUACUCUUCGUGGAUAAUAAGCAUUUCCUCUGGUUAUGUGGAAAAAUUUCUGCUUACGCAUGGCCUGAAUUUCCACCUAAAGUGUGCAAUGUUUCUGUGUAUUGUGAGAGUCUUUUAAUAUUUAAAAAUAAAAUUCUUAGGAUGCCAGGGAUAUAGUUUCUAAUAUAUUUUAGUGUACUUGGCACCUACAGAUGUCGUUUACUGCUUUUAGCUAUGAUUCUCUGGUAUUUAAGCUAACAUGUGAUUAGGUGUUAAGUCAUGCCUUGGAAAAUAUGUUAGGAAAAUCUUUUGACGAUCCAGGUAGAAGAAGAGAACUGAAGUAAGAGAGCCUUUGGAAAGAUUAAAACAUGCCAGAGCUUCAUCGUGAAAUAUUUUGUAUAUGUAGAUAAAGAAUGGACUGGCCUGUCAUUAGCUCUUCUUGACAUGUGUGCCUAAUUUGAAAAGAAGCCAAGCAUUUAACCCAUUCAUUUGGAGUGAUGACAUUGCUGGAAAUCAUUAUAGUACUUGAAGGCAUUUCUCUGGUCAUUAAAGUAUUUCCUAGGAAUUAAUCACAGGACUUUUGGAAGUGGUACAAUCUCUUUCAGAUAACUAGAGCACCAGUAUACCUGCUUACCCCCAAAGAGUUAAGUUUUAAAGCUUCCUGAAAAGCUUAACUCACCAUUAUCGGGGUUCAGACCCAUAAAGUAUCUGGAUUGAUGCUAUUAUAGGUAUAUACCAGCAAUUGCCUACAGAUAGAGUCCAGUUUUACUCUUCUUGGAGGUGGGGAAAGUGAGAGGGUGCACAUCAGUGAACUGUUAUUCUUCUGCAAAAGGUAGAAAUGAUACGGUUUUGUUUUUAUCAUGCCUUAGCUUGGAUCAGACACCAAUUAAAGAAAGAACAAUUGAGGUAGAGCCUUUGGCAAUCCAUGCAUGGUGAUUCUGCCAUUUGGAUUCAAGGCUCAAAAGUGAAGAAAAUUGCACAAUGGUGUUAAAUGUAAUGGGAGUUGUACCUCAUUUGUGCAUUCUCUCAUCUCUAAAAGCUGGAGGGCUUUCCCCUCCCUCAUUUAUUGCUUUGACAUAUGUCUGUGCCAAGGGGUGAAUCUGGGACUAAAGUUUUUUUUUUCCCAUGUAGAUGAACCCCAUCUAGGGUUUAAAGAGACAUGGACAUAUACACAUCUGUGGAACUCUAAGGUAUUGUAAUUCUUAAGGGAAUACUCCUGCUUUCUCCUGCAGACUUGUGUUUAUUCUGUGAUAAUUAAACUAAAACUUGGCAUUUAAUGAGUUAAACAAAUAUUUUCAAGAUUUACCUCAACUGUAUUAGCUUGUGUCUACCUUAGAUCUCCACAGUACCUAACAUAGUGUUUCCUAAUUCUUUGGACUGUAAAACUGGAUAUAUUUCUAACUGAAAAUUAAGGAAUUUUUCUAUCAUACUUCAUUGAAAUAUUUAAGCAUAUUUGUGCUUUUAUACCUAUAUAUAUAGCCAAUUUUAAUAUUUAUUGACUAUAGUGUGAUGUACUCAAAUACCUCAGUUGCAGUACUAGAUGGAUAUGUGUAUACAGACAUAUAUACACAUAUACAUAUAUGUAUAUACAUAAUGGUUGAGGACAUACUAAGGGAGUGGUAAAGAGGUAUGUUCCUUUCUUAAGCAUCUUAUACAUGAUAUUCCUAAAUAUCAAAAUAAUCUCCCUUAUUUCCUGGAGCAUUAAACUCAUCUGUUCAUACUCUAGGCUCCCCAUUGCUGUGUUUACCCUGGGGAGUAAAGAAAAACAUGUAUAACAAGCAUGGAAUGAGAUUCUAUGAAGUGUCCUCAUGCUAAUGCCCUGACUGGCACUGAGGUCAUCUGAGUUUUCUGCCUGAAUGUAUGACAUUUGCCCAUCUCUUGUGCCAGGGAUGCUCAGAGAAUUUUAUGGCACUUAUUAGAGCUAUGGAUGUUCCCCUUACUAUUGCUGGCAACCUUUCCCCCAAAAAAACUUUUAGGGAAUUCCUGCUGUAAGAAUAAUAGUAGGAAGUCACAAAAUAUAUAGAAAGAUACAAAGUUUAGGGAUAUAAUAAUAAGAGAAGGGUAUGGUGCAUAAAACCUCUUUGUCAACAAUAUAGCCUGGAUUUUUAUGCUCCUCUCUCAGAAAUAUUUUUUGAUGUUUGGCAAAAGUGACAAUAGUUGUGUUAAGUGCAUACUCUCAGAUAAUGGCAUUGACAAGGGUCCUCUUCUUUUAGUCCUCUUUAUCUAAUAUUUUGAUGUUCCACUCUUCUAAUUUCAAGAAGAAACACAACACAAGUCUCUCUGAGGUCAGGACUAGGCUGUCCAACCUUAGUGACUGCUCCCCCACUUUUUCCCCCCAAUUUCUCCACCUUCCCAGUUUUCCCAGUGAUCAUUCCUAUCAUAUGGGUUUGUGACAGAAGAUCAAGGGUUUGGAGAUAGGUACAGUGAGAUAAAUCAGUCAGCAAUGAGGAGCAUAGGUAGAAGAAUGAAUAGAAUGACCAGGUUGUAGAAAAAUGCGUUAUUCUUGAGUGCUCAAGAUCUUUAUUAUGAUUAUCCGGAACAACCUUUCAUAAAUCUUGUUUUAAAAAAUUACAACAAAUGCAAAUUGAGAGGCAUCAGGGUGUAGGGGAUUACUAGAAAAUCGAGUUUCAAGUCCGACUGACUCAAACUAUCUGUGUUACCCUAGACUUAACUUCCCAGUGCUCUAGACAACCCUUAUACAUUGCAGACAAGAUGCCAACCUAUAUUGGUAAAGGGAGGUUCUUCACCUGGGAAUUUCUUAUUCUAAUUAAAUUAUAGGUAUAAUCUUUAGCCUUUUAAUCUAUUGAUUUAUAGCAAUAAGUAAAAAGAAACUUCAAAACAUUUCAAAGGAAGUCCCACAAUUCCUAACAAUCAAGUGCUAUUUGGGGGUAUAUCUCUGAGCAAAAGUUGGCCCUCAUCUUGUAUAUUGACCCUCAUGCCCCUUGUAGUUAUUUAGUAUGUAUAAUAUAGCAUGACAGGAUAUAAAAUUGGAGUAAAGGGAAUACAUUUGACUGGAUUUCUAUUAGCACUUUCUUAAAGGUAGAACUGUGACUAAGCUGUAUGGUCCUUUCAUAAGAAUGUUCCAUUCAGCAGGAACUUGAAAACAAUGUCUCCAAAGGGAAGGAGCUUUUUUGCCCUAAUGAAUUCUUCUGCUCUCCAAAUCAAAAGUAUUUUCUUGUUUCUUUUCUAAGCUCUGAUAGAAAUGUAUGCAUAUAUUAUGUACAUACUUAUAUUCUAAAAUGGUGAUAAAUUAUGUAUUCUAUAUAUAUGGUUGUGCCUUGUAAUAAAAAAUUGUA